GACAGGGUUGAUUUUUCUAAUACAAGUGGGUGGUCCUCUGCAACAUUUAAAGUUUCUGGCACUAGAGAAUCUGUUACAGAACGAAUGCAAAAUGAAAAUGCAGCAGAAGAUACAAAUCAGGGUGAAGAUUUACCAUCAGUUGAUACUACUGGAUUGCUUGAAAGAGUUCGAGCUGCAAUUUAUCUUUCAUUAGAUGAAUUAUGGUCUGUCCUAACUGAUAAUGCCUUAAUUGCUACAUUUCUUGAUCCAAAGUUUAAACAUUUCAAUUGGACAACUAAUGAUGAACAAGAAAAAGCAUAUUAA